UUGAUGAAUACUGGCUCUGUUUACCAGCCUCUCAUGUUAGACCUUUUGUACAGACGGUCAGGGUGAUGCAGUCUUGUCCCCACUGUUGCUGGUUUCCAGGUGCUCUCCCUUCAGUCCCCGAGCCAUCACGUGUACCUGCCUUGCUGCCAAGGGGCAGCCACAGUGCCGCGCCGCCUGCUCCACCUUCCUCCUCUGCACCCCCUUCCACAUCCCAAGCGUCCUAUUCUGCUGACCCUAGGCUCCGCCUUUCAUCCCCUACAUCUGAUGAUAGGCAGGAGAAAAAGGCUUUGCAAGAAGGCAGACUUCAAAAGCUACUAAAAAUGAAUGGCUCUGAAGAUUUUCCCGAGUCCUACGACUAUGACCUCAUCAUCAUCGGAGGGGGCUCAGGAGGACUGGCAGCUGCCAAGGAGGCAGCCAAGUAUAACAAAAAGGUGAUGGUCCUGGAUUUUGUCACUCCAACCCCUCUUGGAACUACAUGGGGUCUCGGAGGAACAUGUGUGAAUGUGGGUUGCAUACCGAAGAAGCUGAUGCACCAAGCAGCUUUGUUAGGACAAGCCCUGCAAGACUCCCGAAACUAUGGCUGGGCUGUCGCGGAGACGGUUAAACAUGACUGGGCAAAAAUGACAGAAGCUGUGCAGAAUCACAUUGGCUCACUGAACUGGGGCUACCGGGUGGCUCUGCGGGAGAAGAAAGUCACCUAUGAGAACGCAUAUGGGCAGUUUGUUGGUCCUCAUAGGAUUAAGGCAACAAAUAACAAAGGCAAAGAAAAAAUUUACUCAGCAGAGAGAUUUCUCAUUGCUACUGGCGAAAGGCCUCGUUACUUGGGCAUCCCUGGUGACAAAGAAUACUGCAUCAGCAGUGAUGAUCUUUUCUCCUUACCUUAUUGCCCGGGGAAGACCCUGGUAGUCGGCGCAUCCUAUGUGGCUUUGGAAUGUGCUGGCUUUCUUGCUGGCAUUGGUUUGGAUGUCACCGUUAUGGUGCGGUCCAUUCUUCUUAGAGGAUUUGACCAGGACAUGGCCAACAAAAUUGGUGAACAUAUGGAAGAACAUGGUAUCAAGUUUAUAAAACAGUUUGUACCAAUAAAAGUUGAACAGAUUGAAGCAGGGACACCAGGCCGACUCAGGGUGGUAGCUAAAUCCACCAAUGGUGACGAAAUCAUCGAAGGAGAGUACAAUACGGUAUUGCUGGCAAUAGGAAGAGAUGCUUGCACCAGAAAAAUUGGUUUAGAAACCGUGGGAGUAAAGAUAAAUGAAAAGACUGGAAAAAUACCUGUCACAGAUGAAGAACAGACCAACGUGCCUUACAUUUAUGCCAUUGGCGAUAUUCUGGAAGGGAAGCUGGAGCUCACCCCAGUAGCAAUCCAGGCAGGAAGGCUGCUGGCUCAGAGGCUUUAUGGUGGCUCCACUGUCAAGUGUGACUAUGAAAAUGUUCCAACAACUGUAUUUACUCCUUUGGAAUAUGGUGCCUGUGGUCUUUCUGAAGAGAAAGCUGUGGAGAAAUUUGGGGAAGAAAAUAUUGAGGUUUACCAUAGUUACUUUUGGCCAUUGGAAUGGACGGUUCCAUCAAGAGACAGCAACAAAUGCUACGCAAAAAUAGUCUGUCAUAUGAAAGACAAUGAACGCGUUGUGGGCUUCCACAUACUGGGUCCAAAUGCUGGAGAAGUUACACAGGGCUUUGCAGCCGCGCUCAAGUGCGGACUGACGAAGCAGCAGCUGGACAGCACCAUUGGAAUCCAUCCCGUCUGUGCAGAGGUAUUCACCACUCUGUCAGUGACCAAGCGCUCUGGGGCAAGCAUCCUGCAGGCCGGCUGCUGAGGUUAAGCCCCAGUGUGGAUGCUGUUGGCAAGAUUCCAAACCACUGCCGUGUUUCCUCGCCCAAAUCCAAGGCGGAGCUUUCCAGAAGGUUCUUGGGCUUUGACCUGUGUGUCCUGUGCGUACAGCACGCCAGGUCCCCUCGGAUCUCAUGGGUGGGAGGCGGUGAUUGGAAGGCAGACAGCAUCACACUGGGGUCACCAUGACGGACUCCAAACUGACCUUUGGCAUUGCAUCGAAGGAUGCGUCCAUGAAGUCACUGGCCUCAAGCCACGUGGUGGGCCGUGAUGGAACAACUGUCGAAGCAGUUUUCGCAUGACUUUUCCUUUGUGCGUUUUCUUAUUUUCAUUGUCAAGCUUUCUCAUGUUGAUUAUGUUUUCUCCUCUUUUCUCCAAGGAGUUAAUGAUACUCGAGAUGAAAAAUGUUAAUUAACACUUGAUUUUUGUCCGAAACCAAGUCAUGGCUCGAGGAUGCACAGGAGGUGCCUUCUCGCUCCUGACGUGAUUUAGCUCACUGUGAGGCGAAUAGGCUUGUCCCAUGAAAGAGAACUAGCCUGGGAUGCAACUGUAUUGUUGUACUCAACUGGCUGGUCCAGCAGUGUCUCCCUGCUACUAAGUUACAUGUUCCAAACAAGUAAAUUUGUGAUUCACUCUGGCCAAAUUCGCCCCCAGGUGCUACAUCACUAAUUGCUAUUAUUUUUAGUUCUGUUUAGGAAAGGAAAUGGCUUCUUGGCCAGCCUGUUUGAACUAAUAUUCAAUUGCAUGGAACUUGGUAGUCUGGUAUGAUUUCCACUGUUAGUCAUCGUAGAGGCAGGUAUACACCUUAGAUGGGGAAAACAAGUGAAUGUCUUUAUUUAGUUUAUUGUACGCUGAUUGAUUUAAGUGAGCUAAAACACUUAACACUUGUUUAAGACUUUUUUGGUAGUGUUAGUAGCUUCAUGCUAAAAACAAAAUAUCACGGCUUUAUUUUUCGUGUGUGUUACGUAUCUGUGCCUUCCUAAGAACUACAUUUAUAGGAAAAAUAGGUCUUUACACACUUACGAUUUAACUCUCUUGUGGUAAUUGCUUUUUUUAAGGAAGCUGUUAAUAUUGUAAGUUAUUAUUAUUAUUUUUGAAUACAGGUGGAUGUGAAGGAUUUUCAUUUAAAAACCACAUGGUUUUGGUUUCUUCUGUUGAAUGAAUGACUGUACCUGGUGGGAUUUUGGCAGAAGCGUUCAUGCUUCGUUUGCAUCCCGUUUGCAUCCCAGUUAUUUCAAAGAGGUAAUACUCUGCAGUUACAGAUUUCUGUGUAAAUGUCCUGACGAAGGGUUAUAUUUAGGCCAUCUUCUCACUAUAUAAGUUGGAUUUUAAACAUGUGCUGUGGACAUCAGGCCUCCCACCAGCGGUUCUUGUAGCUGCUUUUCAUUUCCUCCCCUCUGCUUGUAUUCUCAGCGACAACAUCAGGUGGUUGACUCAGAGUACAUAUCUUGGUCACCUCAGGGAAUUCACACGUCUGCUGGCAUUCAGUCAGCAGAGCACCUAACCCUGUCCCCCAGGGCUCUGCCUCACGCCCUCAUCCCAUCUGGUUAUAUGGCAAAAAUGAGCAAAGGGAAAAAAGGAGAAGGAGACCGAAGCAGCUGACUGUGUUGAGUUUUAUUUAUUUUUUAAAUCUGUUUUGUCUUGGAGUCUGCCAAUCUCUGAAGUUAGAACAGUAGGCAGCGUGAGAUAGUCGUGCCUAAUCAUGUGGCUCUCUCUGCUUAGUGAAAUAGAAGGUCCUACCCCCCCCAAGAAGGAUCGUAUUUUAAAGACUUACCUUGUUUAGAUUCUGUAAUUGUCCAAUGUAUCGAAAUUCAUAGUGUGUUCCCGGUAUUUUUGUUAUAAAUCUCCUACGAAAAAACCCCACAAUGUUAACCAUUAAAAGGUAUUGCUGCCCACCCUGUGUGCCUUCUUGUGGAAUGUGGUCUUGGGAGUCUGUGCGUGCUUUUGUAGGAGGGUCCUGAGAACCAGCUGCCAAGGAAGCGGCAAUGACACUGGGCUCUCAGGUCGGCAUGCUGACGUCCCAUUUCAGUGGCGUUGGCUUUUCAAAUUCCAUUGGUCCUGACUGGACCUGUCAGCCUUGAUCCUUAGGGCGGCAAAACCACCCCACUCCAGCUCACGCUGCGUCCCAGCACUUCGUAUACCCUUGGCUGCCUCUCUCUGGGAUUGAGUAAAGAGACAAGAAACGAAGUUAUGGGACUCUCCUAUGUCCAAGGCACAGUGGAUACAAAGUGAAUAAACACUGUGAUGGUUAAAUUAGGUGUCAAUGACUGCAUUAUGGGGUGCCCAGAUAUUUGACUAAAUGUUAUUUCUGUGUGUCUGUGCGAGUGUUUCUGAGUGAAAUUA